AUGUUUAGCAAUGAAGAAGGUGUAACCGGCGGAACUCUGCUUGUUGCCAAAAUAUGCGAUGCACUAGUCAAAGCUGGAUAUGGAGAUGACGAUAUCAAGAAAGUCGGCGGUCUUGUCUUGCGGAAUGUGAUGACUAGCGCGUCGGGGGACCACGAUCUGUUCAAGAGCAGCCUGGACGAGCUUCGAAAAGACGUCGACCUAUCGCUCGAAGAGGUGCUCGACAAGAACACUCGGCGCUCACACAACGUCAAUUUCAAUUCGAAUGAGCCUGUCCUUGUGAUCAAUGCCUUCGCUGGACUCGAUCGUGCGGCCUGGAAUUGUCUUGUGGACCACACAGUCAUGCAAUUGCAACAGACUUGGGGGAUCUGGCCAGUCCGCGUUUAUGCUGGGCCCUUUGUGGCAACGGAAGCCGAGUUCGAGAUCACCUUGUUGAACGUGGUGAACACGGAUAUCGGUGGGCCGAGUAUGGUGCAGCUUCUCGAUACGCCAUGUGAUGCGCCUGAAUGGCAGAAAUUCGUCAGGAGAGAGGCGUGGAGAGAAAGGGACCUAUUGUAUCGACAAGACGGAGUGUUGCCAGUGGAGGUCGACACACAUUCUGAUGAUGGCUCUGAGCACUCGGUCCAGAGUGAUGACUCGGAGUCGACUGAUGCCGAACUGGCGGGUGAUGAUAUUGCCGAAGAGCCAGCACAUGAAGAUGAGGCCGCUUUCAUACAGGAUGUGGAAGAACCUCACUCACAGCAUGAGCAGGUUCCGACAUCUGAUGAGCCGGAACCAGAAGAAAUCCCUAUCCCUAGCCCAGAGCCUCACGAGCUCGACCUGCCAGAAAAGCGGAGCGAUCAUUCGACGUGGGAACGCCCUCAGAACACUGUAUCGCUUUUGAACCUCCCCAGAUCUCGGUCAUCGAGGAUUGUGCCGCUUAGUACCGAGGAGGGCCAUGCUACAGACAAGCAUCGACAGCCUGGUGAGGAGGACGCUGAGUCUGCAUCGGAGGUGAGAGACGCUGUUAGCGAUAAGGACGCUGACUUCGUGGUGGUGUGA